AUGUACAGUAGAGUGAAGAUGGUGCAAGUCAUGGAUAGUAAAGUGCUAGUUGUACAAGUAUCUUCAGAGCUGGAUCUGGACGAGUACUUGAAUAGUAUUGUCACAAAGCGAUGGGUGCUAGAUACGUUACAUGGUAACUCAGCUAGGUUCGACAAACUCAGACAUGAACAUAGUAUCAAUAGGGUAAGUAAUAGCAUUUGAGAUUAUUUUAAAUUGUUUUUAAUUUGUAAUCGACAAUGACAUAACCUAAACGGUAAGAGAUAAUAUUAUUCCAGAUUUCGUAUAGAGAAGUGUCUGGAGAUGACAAGUCUUUGUACGACGGUUGUAUAAAAAUCUACUUUGAUGGCGUCAAAUCCUCUUUUGAAUUAUACAUAAAGGUAAUAUAAUACCAUAGUAAUUAACAUUGUAAAUAACAUAUUCAGAAUGACAAAAGUAACCAUAUACUACACGAAAUCAAGUUCUACAACUACAUAGGCGAUGCCUAUAGUCGUAUGAAGUUACCUCGUAUAUAUGGCUACUACAGUAAAAAGAAAAAGAGUAGUAGCAAGAUAGCCAGCAUCAUGCCGAAAGACACUGAACAUACGAAGAACAAGAUGGGUUGUAUGUUAAUGGCCGAAUUCGAUGGUAUACGACAAGAUACGAAGCAUGGCUUCGACAUACAAACAUCGCUCAAGAUCAUGAUUGACAUUGCAAGAUACCACGCUUUCACAUUAUGCAUGCCAAACUCAAAACGUAUCCUUGAGAAGUUCAAAAAUGAUGACAAACAUGACAUUGUAGACGAGAAGGAUAUAAACAGUAUCAUCAGCAAGAUGGAUAACGAGUACUGCAAGGAGAACAAGGAUCUGGCACAUAGGUUGGUAAAGGCAGCAAGAAAGAAUAAAGUCAAAUAUGGUGAGACCUCUUUACAUAGUAAAAAAGUUUACAUAUGUUUGUAUAACAUAAAUACCAUAGUCGAAAGAAUAAAACCUAUUUACAGACAUACCUAAGGUUGUCGUCCAUGGUCAUUUGAGUACUGAAAACAUAUACUUUUGUAAGAGAACCAACGGAAAUACUGAGAAAGAUACCGUGUCUUUCCUUAACUGGAGUUCAUGUCAUUUAGGUAUAUUACUAUACUUUACACUUUACUUUGUUGUCGUAUGUUCGUAUUUUAGAUAAAAAAAGUCAGAUUAGUUACUUUCAGACCUUGGAAUGGUUGACGUAAUUCGAUACACCUUGUUAAACACCAGUGGAAACGUGCAAAACAUGUGUUUGGAGAGGUUCAUCAAGAUACAUCACGACACGUUCAAAGCCGAACUCAAGAAGAACAACAUCAACAUUGACUUCAGUAACUAUGUUGUAAGUUGCAUUAUCUUCAGAUUGCCUUGUUGCGUUUAUAUGCUCUUUUUAUAUUAUCUUCUUUUCAGAUCAAAGAUGUAUUGAAGCAUCUUUACCCAUCCCAAUUGGUUUACUGCAUAACAUCUUUGUACAAUACCUACACCGAAGCUGUAUCGAAAGAGAUGAAGACAGUUUUGUGGGACAGAAUCAAGGGAGGACUCGAGCUAUUCAAAAAACUCGACUUUUGA